CAGCUACAAUCUGCAGGAGAAUCCCAUGCAUUCAACCUCAGAGCGACUCUUUCAGCCCCUCCAUCUCCUCUCCGCCAAGAAACCCUACACCCCGGACCAGCGAGCCCCGUCUGCAGAGGAACAAACCACGCCAAAUCGCCAGAAGUGGGAGGAGCGUGCACAGUAUCCCUCUGAAGGACAAUCAACCAAUUACAGGAGGACUCCUUUCCAGGCAAAAGAGGAGGAGGAGUCUUAUGCACAUUCUCCACCUACACACCAAAGACACACCCCUAUAGGGGAGGAGUUUGUGGUGAAUGAAGAGGGGUCUUAUUUGAGUUGUCUCAAGAUAAACAGAUUUGGACAUCGAGAUACACCCAGAGAGGAGGAGCUUGUGAAGUUUGAUCCGCCCUUCCAAAGGAAAACACCCCUGGGACAGGGGCUAAACCACAGAUGGGCCAAUAGCGGCCAAGAAGAAUUGCUUAUUAAAGAAACAACAUCUUGGGAGGGGCUUACUCCCGGAGCAGACAAUUCCAGACAAGAGGAGGGACUUAAUCUGCACCAGCAUCAUUUCCAAAGAGACACGCCCCCAGGGGAGGAGCUUAGUUCCAGAUUGGAUGCUUCUAAAGAGGAGGGGCCAGAUUCCACCAUUGAGAAACCAAGACAGAGAGCCCCAGUGCUGGUGUUGUCAGUGCCCUGGUCUCUCUCUCAUAGACAGUCUGGACUUCGCUCCCUCAGUGAUAUUCUCAGAGCGGGGCGUCUGAGCAGCACUACCCUCCCAACACCUGCGGGGGGGCUGGGGGCGAGGGGGAGGGGGAGCAGAUCUCUGUGGGACCUGAGUCAGCUCUCCACUGGCUCCAACGAAGAGGAGGAAGAGGGGGGGGACCCUGAAAUUAAACCAGCAUCCCAAGACAAGAUCCUACAAGAAAGACCAGACUGGCUGAGGAGUGGCCACUUUGGCCCCCGGGUGACCCCUGCGAUGGCUCUGAUUCGACACAGAGGGGAGGAGCCCCGCCUCCCCACUGUGCCCUCCCGCCUGAGAGGCCGCAUCCUGAGAAAGAGGGAAGGAGCCCCUGAAUACUGAGAGAGACACACACACACACACACACUGAGACACACUGAGAGAGACACACACUGAUACACAGAGAGAGGCACAAACACACACUGACACACAGAGAGAGGCACACACACUGAGACACACUGAGAGAGACACCGAAUGGCCUCCUCUCAUUUGGAAACUUUCUUAUGUUCUUAUGACACGCACACACUGAGAUACAUAGAGAGAGGCACAAACACACACUGAGACACUGAGAGAGGCACACACACACUGAUACACAGAGAGAGACACACACACACACUGAUACACAGAGAGUGGCACACACACACUGAUACACAGAGAGAGACACACACACACACUGAGACACUGAGAGAGGCACACACACACUGAGACACAGAGAGAGGCACAUACACACUGAUACACAGAGUGAGGCACAAACACACACUGAAACACAGAGAGAGGCAUACACACACUGAUACACUGAGACAGAGGCAUACACACACUGAGACACACAGAGAGAGACAGACACACUGAGAGUGACACACACACACAAAGACACACUGAGACACACACACACACACACACACUGAGACACACUAAGAGAGACAUGCAAACACUGAGACACAGAGAGACACACACACACUGAAACACACUAAGCAAGAAACACACACACACGCACUGAGACACUGCGAGAGAGACACGCACACACCGAGACACAAACACACACACACUGAGACACUAAGACACAGAGACACUUCUUUGCAACAAUGGAUAGACUGAAUCAGCGAUGCUGUAUACAUGUAUAUACUUCAACAAUGAAAAUGCUGACAAUCAAAUUAAUAAAACAUUAAUUUUUAAAA